AUGGCCUUCCAGCCGAAGCAUCCUCUUGAUCACAUAGAAAACUUUGAAGAGAUUUGCAGCACUACUAGAUCCAAUGGAGUCUCAGCUGACUACUUGAAGUGCAAGCUCUUUUCAUUCUCUCUUGGCGACAAAGCUUCAAGAUGGUUGAAGUCUCUGCCAGCUCACUCCAUUACCACUUGGGAUGAGUACAAGGCCGCUUCAUCAACCACUUCUACACCAAGCAAAGAUCAGUUUCUCAAUGGAAACUUCAUGACCAAGACAAUUGAUGAAGCUAAGGUUCUUAUUGAGAAUCUUGCAGCUAGUGAUUGUAACAAUUGUCCUGAUUAUGAUCGCUCAAGCCGCACCACUACUAGCUCCCCUGAUUCUUUCUCAAAUGCUGAACUCAAGAACAUGAUGGCUCAAGUUCUUAAGGGACAGCUCAAGCAUAUCAAUGCAAUAGAAGGGAUGAGUGAUGCGAAUGAAGACCCAUCAAGAGAAUGCAUGGGAGAUUUCUCUAAUGAAGCUAAUGAAGAAGAUGUGAACUACAUUGGAAACUAUGGGAACAAGGGAUACAAUCCAAGCUAUCGCCCAAACCCCAACAUGUCUUAUAGAAACCCCAAUGUGGAGAACCCUCAAGACCAAGUGUAUCCUCCAAGAUACCCACAACAACAAAGACCUCCUUACCAAUCUCAAGGAAGUCAAUUUCAGCCAAGGCAAGGGAUAUGA